AUAGUGCUGCAAUCGUCAAUACACCGUCAACAUGUGUAAUUUAAAUAUGAAGUGGAUAUUGUGCUUUGUGAAUUUAGUUUUUGUGCACGCUGGUGUUAUAAAUAAUGAUUUGUUCAAGCUAGACAUUAUACAUUAUAAUGAUUUUCAUGCUAGGUUCGUAGAAACCUCAGUUACGUAUCCGGUAUGUACGGCCAACGAUUCGUCAUGCCUGGGCGGCAUCGCCAGGCUGUACCAGGAAAUCCAAACCCUGCUUAAGGAGAAGCCGGGAGCCCUGGUCCUCAACGCCGGAGACACCUUCCAAGGCACCUUCUGGUAUACGCUGCUCAAAUGGAACGUAACACAACAAUUCAUAAACCUGCUGCCAAAUGACGCGCAUGCAAUAGGAAACCAUGAGUUUGAUGAUGGAGUGUCAGGGCUGGCGCCGUACUUAGCCGCGAUGAAGGCGCCCGUGGUGGCCGCCAAUCUAAACACGACCUUAGAGCCGACACUGGAGGGGUUGUACAAACCGCACGUUAUUCUAGAGAAGAAAGGGAGGAGAAUUGGCAUUAUUGGGCUCGUCACUACAGAAACAAAGAUGUCUUCCAAUUCUGGGAAUGCGAUAUUCAACGAUCCAAUAGAAGCGGCAGAGAGGGAGGCUCAGAUACUGACUGAGAAGGGCGUUGAUAUAAUCAUUGUGUUAUCGCACUGCGGAAUUGAGGUGGACAAGAAGAUGGCCCGUACGGUCGGUGAGAACAUCGACAUCAUAGUCGGAGGGCACUCCCAUAGCCUCCUGUGGAACGGCACGGCGCCGAGCGGGGAGCACGUGUCAGGCCCAUACCCCAUACUCGUCGAGACUGAACACAAUACUGAGCAUAAGGUACUUAUAGUAACGGCAGCUUGUUUUUCCAAGUAUUUGGGAAAUAUAACGACUUAUUUCGACAGGGAAGGCAAUUUGAAAGGUUUCGACGGGCAACCCGUGUUUCUCAACAGAUCUAUACCUGAAGAUCCGGAAGUGAAGGCUCUGCUACAGCCGUACGCUGACAAGCUCUAUAGCCUACUGAACGAGGAAGUUGGGUACACCACCAGAGACCUCAUAGCAGAUACUUGUGCGUCGAAGGAGUGCGCCAUUGGUGAUAUGAUAGCUGAUGCAUUUGUUGAUGCGACUAAACAAAUGAACGUCUCGAGCUUGCCUCAUACUUCGUUCUUAUUAAGAAACAUGAUCCGCGGCUCCAUACCACAGGGAGUAAUAAGGAAAAGCGAUUUAAUAAAUACAAUGCCAUUUACGAAUAACGUGACAACCUUCUCCCUACCCGGUAAAUACUUGAUUGAGGCGUUUAAACUUUGCACGACCAAUUUUUGGGUAUGGAAGCCAUUCCAGGGACCGUGGGUGCCGCAAGUUUCUGGAUUACGUCUGACACUGAAUCUUACUGAUGACCCUACGGUGGAAGUAUUAAUAAAGGACGGGGAUGAGUUUCAUAACUUAGAUCCUAAUAAGGAGUACCAAGUUACGACGAUCAACUUCAUAGCGAGAGGAGGGAACAAGUUCGAUAUGCUCCACAAAUAUGGUAAAAACAAAGUAUUCGUUGGAAAAGACACGGAGAUCUUGGAGAAAUACAUGAAACGACUAUCCCCGAUCACGCCCGUGGUGGACAACAGACUUACAAUUAUAAAUUAGU